AUGGCUACGCUCGAGGGCAAGAAGGUCGGCAUUUGCGGCGCCACGGGCGCUGUCGGGAUUGAGCUCAUCUCCGUGCUCGCAGCGCGUCAGUUCCCCGUCCAAGAGCUCGUGCUGUUUGCCUCGUCCCGCUCGGCCGGUACAAAAGUGUCGACGCCUUUUGGUGACGUGACGAUCACGCUCUUUUCCCUUGCAGCAGCUGCGAAACUGGACUACGUCUUCUUGGCUGUGUCGGGGGACUUUUCACUCCAGUAUGCCAAGGAACUAGCAGCAGUGAGCAAUGGGCCUGUGGUCAUUGACAACUCGUCGGCCUUUCGUUGCGACGCGGCGAUCCCGCUCGUGAUUCCAGAGAUCAACGGCCACGUGCUCAUCCCAAGACGUGGUCAACCGCCGCCGAAACUCGUGGCGAAUCCCAAUUGUACGACGGCAAUUGCUGCCAUGGCGCUAUGGCCACUACACUGUGAGUUCCACAUUAAGAAGCUGAUUGUGUCGACGUACCAAGCUGCGAGCGGUGCCGGUGCUGCUGGCAUGCAGGAGCUCCACGAUGGCGCCAAAGCCUUUUUGGCGGAUGAAGCGGUGACGUGUAAGGUGUUCUCGUACCCACUGCCAUUCAACCUCAUUCCGCACAUUGACAAGUUCCAGGGUAAUGGCUACACGAAGGAGGAGAUGAAAGUGACGUGGGAGACGCGCAAGAUCUUUGACGAACCUCACCUGGCCGUGAGCUGCACUGCUGUUCGGAUUCCUGUCAUGCGUGCUCACUCGGAAGCGCUCACUAUUGAGACAGUCAAGCCUGUGGACUUGGCCCGGGCUCGUGAACUGCUGGCCAAGGCAGAUGGUGUGGAUCUCGUUGACGUGCCGGAGGAGCUGCUGUAUCCGAUGCCCAAGAAUGCUACCAAGAAGUUUAACGUUGAAGCUGGUCGAUUGCGCAAGAGCCUGGUCUUUGGCGACCAUGGACUUGAGCUGUUUGUGUCGGGCGACCAGCUUUUACGUGGUGCAGCAUUGAAUGCUGUGCUGAUUGCUGAGUUUCUCGAGAACCCGCGGACGACUUCGCAGUUUACAAAGAAACGUACGAUGUGUGCGAUCUCGAAGGAACCCCGUCGGAAUCUUCUGGGUGUCAUGGCUGGUGUUGCUGUAGGUGUGCUGGCGUUCAGCCUUUACAAGAAGAAGUGA